AGAAUCUCUUCAGUUGCAGGUUGAGGACCGGCGAAUGUGCAGAAAUGAAGAACCUUCUCUGGUAUAUCACUGCUGCAUCAGCUCUCUGCUCCGUCUCCUCUCUCUCUGAACGGCGCUACCAUUUCAUUUAUGAACCAAAGAACUGGACCGAAGCUCAGAGUUACUGCAGGGAAAAUUACACCGACCUGGUUACCGUGGACAACCUGGACGUCAUAACAACCCUGAACAACAUGGUGGACCGGAACAAAUUGUCUCCCUUUACAUAUGCCUGGAUUGGUUUGUAUCGUGAUGUGACCAUUUGGAACUGGUUGUCUGAUAGAGAUAUUUACCAAACUGAACAUCCAAACUUCAGUAACUGGGACAGUGGACAACCAGACACACUGUGGUACGGGGCAGGAUGUGGAGCCCUGUACAGUACGGGAAAGUGGCACGAUGCCUACUGUGAACAGCUCUUAUGGUCGGUCUGCUCCAAUGUGACAGGACAGAAUGCAAAAUUUAUCUUCAUCAACACUGCAAUGACCUGGAAGGACGCUCGGAGCUACUGCCGGGAACACUUUACAGAGCUGGCCAUUCCCAGAAACAUGUCGGAGAACGACCAGAUCAGGGCGGUGAUCCCAGCAGGCCACUUCUGCUGGGCAGGCUUUUACAGAGACAGCUGGAAGUGGUCGGACGGAACCAUGUAUGUGUAUCGACCCUGGGUUUCAGGCCAACCUAAUGGUGGAUCAGAUAAAUGCGCGUCGGCAUUCUUUGAUUACUCUGGUCACUGGGGGGACUGGCCAUGUGAUUUAAGACAACCGUUUAUAUGCCACCAUGACCCGGUGCCGUUCACAAAGCAAGUGGUGAAAGUGAAGCUGGUGGGAAACUCUGCUGUGGAUCUGAAUGAUCCUGCUGUCCUGGAGAAGCUGCAGGAAAAGCUCCAGCAGAAGCUGCAGGAGACGAACUCGUCUGCAGAAGUCAAACUGAGCUGGAAGAAACGUCUGGAUGGAACGACCUUCUACAAGGAGAAAAAGGAGGAGGAGCUAAAAUGACAUGAUGAUGAUGAUGAUGAUGAUGAUGAUGAUGUUUGAGAUAUCAGUAGAUCCUUAAAAAUGUUAGACACAUUAAAGAUGUAAUAUUAACUAAACAGCUGAUGGAUGUGUUGGUUUGGAACCGC